AUGAAAGUGAAAUUAGCGUCUCAAAUAUUUAGGCGUACUGUGGCAUCUAUCAUGGGAUAUUUAGCAGAUAAGGACAUACUGCCCACAGAAAGCAAGGACACGGCGGAUCUUUUAAUUUUCAUGGAUAACAUAUUCGAUUUGAUCAAUGGAAGUAAUAAUGUAAAGAACAAAUAUGCUAAACCUUUACUUGGUCCAGUAACACCUAACGUUGUCCACCAUAAAACAUGGAUGGAAGCCAUACAAAAUGUUGUUAAAGAAAUUAAUAGAUAA